AUUUUGAACCUCACUAGUCAGAAUUCAUGAUUUCAUGAAUUGUGAUUUUGUGAUGGAAAAAAUCUUAGGAAAAAAUAAUAGUAAUUGUGUCUCGUCACGAUCGUAUUUUUACCAUUUUUAUGAUCCUUCUACUUAAAAGCUUUCUAUAGUCACACAUACUCAGGGAUAUAGAGCCAGGACUUCACCAUGGAGUCUGCCGGUGAUUGGUGUCUAAUAGAAAGUGAUCCAGGAGUAUUUACAGAACUUAUAAAAAAAUUUGGUGUAAAGGGGGUUCAAGUUGAAGAAAUGUGGACAAUUGAUGACGGCAUAUUUGAAAACUUAAGGCCAGUACACGGACUUAUAUUCUUAUUCAAAUAUGUUCAACAUGAGGAGCCAUCUAACUCCGUUGUCACAGAUGAUCGAAUUCAGAAAAUAUAUUUUGCGAAGCAGGUUAUAAACAAUGCGUGUGCAACACAAGCAGUUAUCAGCUUAUUACUAAACUGCAACCACCCAGACGUCGAUCUGGGCCCAGAACUGACUAAGCUGAAGGAGUUCAGUAUGUCAUUUGACCCCAAAAUGCGUGGGCUCACUCUCAGCAACUCGCAGACGAUUCGAGCGGCUCACAACUCGAUGGCACAACAGACAUUAUUCGAGAUUGAUCGGAAAAUGCCAGUAAAGGACGAAGACGCAUACCAUUUUGUUGGAUAUACGGCUAUUGACGGGCGAUUGUACGAACUGGACGGUCUACGCGAAGGACCCAUUGAUCAUGGCCCAGUAGGUGCCGAUCAGGAUUGGCUGAACGUCGUUCGCCCCAUCAUUGUUAAAAGAAUUAACACAUAUACUGAAGGUGAAGUGCAUUUUAAUCUUAUGGCGAUCGUAUCGGACAGAAAAAUGGUAUACGAACGUCAAAUUGACGAGUUACUUAACGAAAAUAACAUGCUCGGCAUGGAGACAGACGACGUCGAGAACGAGAUCAGAAGACUGAAAAUGCUAAUAGAGUUCGAAGACGCGAAAAUGUGCAAAUAUAAACAAGAAAUGGUGAGGCGGAGGCACAACUACCUGCCCUUCAUAAUUACACUGCUCAAAGUGUUGGCCGAGGAGAAGAAGCUGGUUCCCCUCUACGAGAAGGCCAAGGAGCGUAUUUCGAAGAAGUGUCAAAAGAAAUUAAAAGUAUAA